AAGUACUCCUUUUCUUUUUGCGAAUACAGACUAACACGGCUGCUACUCUGAAACCAUUCUUUGUAUAGGCCUUUUUCACCCCUAUUAAAAUGGAAAUUCUGGUGCAAUCUUAAUAAUAGAAGUACUAUCAUCUCAAUAUAAUGUACACAGCUCUACUUUCAAUUAUGACUCUAGGUAGCUGAUCAUUGAUGUGUGCCACUUUAAUAUACUAUUUUAAAAAUUGAAUUACUAAACUCUAGUCCUGACACUGAUUCUGGUUGGCAUGUUUGAACAGUUAGAUGCACAUGUUGCCGCAUGAUCCACCUUUUUAAUAGUUGUUGUCGCAAGAAUUGGAGUGUUUUACCCCAGUCUUAUCUAGAUUGUAAUUUAAGUGACUUAUAUCUACCUAAAUUUCCUCCUUCCAUUUGACAUAUAAACAAAAAUUCCCAAACUUACUCUUUGUUUCCCCUCCAAACCUGUUAGGUGAUUUCUGGGGCAGAAUUUCUACCAUGCUUUGCAGAGGUGGCUGUAUGUUAGCUGUGAAUAAGUGUACAAUUCCCAAAGAAUUUUGGGAUCCUUCAGUUUUCCCGGCACUAACCUGACUGAAAAGUUAUUUGAUGAGUCUGUUUAGAUUUAUUAUGUACCAAAAUUUAAGUAACUUAUAUCCAGCUAAUACAAAAUAUUAAAGUAUACUGAUCAUGGGAGGAAAACCAGAAGACAGUAUUGUGGAAGCUCAGUGUAGAUAAGAUGUCAAUGCAGAUGUGAUUGAUAAAGUCAAGCAUAAGGGCAGAGGAGAGACCCUGAAAUUUGACUAUUAAGAGAUUAUUGAUGACUUUUAGAAAUUGGAGGGGAUCAAGGAUGGAGUUGGAGGAAAAGGACUUUGCAACUUUUGUAGAAGUUUUAACCAUUUUAACAUGGUCUCAGUACUAUGUUUUGUGGUAUCUUUGCCGAUUACAAAAAAUGAAAUGUAGUCACUCACUUUCUAUCUUGACUGGAAGCAACUGAUUGUCUGCAGUUCAGGAGUCAAGGACUAUAAGUAGUGCCACAAAGAUAUUAGGGUGGGGAGGCAGAUAUGUGCAGCAGGUUCAUUCUUGUUCAGACUUAGCAAUAGAAACUCCAGCAUGAAAAUGUACAGCCAACUUUUGUGCCUGCAGAUGAACAGCAGGAGCUUCAGGUCUAUAAAGUCCGGAUUGAAAAUGAUGGGAAUCAUAUGAUGGCGAGAGAUGAAAUAGGUUGGAUUUGAGGAAUUCUCUGCUUGGCCAUCUAGCUAAGCCCCCUGCGCUAGUUCAGCAUAUCAUAAUGUUUCUUAAGGGUUGUGGCCGUAAAGUCUUAGGCCUUGUCUACACUACAGAGUUUUGUUGACAAAAGUUAUCUUUUGUCAACAAAACAAUGGAGAUGUACGCAGUAUAAUUCACCUUCCACCGACAAAGCUCUCCUGCUUUGCUGAUAAAAUAAAACCACCUCAAUGAGAGGUGUUGAGCUUUUUGUGGUAAAGUUAUAUGGUCAAAGUGUCAGUGUAGAAAUUGCACUUGGUUAUGCUGUUGUAAAUUGCUUCCAGGAGGUGUCCCAUAAUGCCCAUCCUGACCGCUCUGGUCAGCAGUUCGAACUAAACAGCCCUGCACCCAGGUACACAGGCAUCUGCACCUUCGCCUUUAAAGGUCCAGGAAUUUUUGUAUUCCACUUCCUGUUUGCUUGGCAUGGAGAGCUCACAUAGCAUCUUUCCCGCUGAUCAUGGCAUCUUUCCAGCUGAUCAUGGCGGUUCAUAUGCAGCAAAUACUCUCCCGCUUUGAGCACAUCUGAGUUGUUGGAUCUGCUUUCUCUGUGGGGAGAGGAGGCUGUGAAGUCCCACCUUAGAUUCAGCUGUAGGAACUUUGAUACCUACUGUCAGGUUUCUCGUGGCAUGUUGGAUAAGGGCUAUGAACAGGGCAUGCAUCAGUGCCAUGUGAAGAUAAAAUAACUGAGGCAGAUGUACCAGAAGGCAAGGGAGUCAAACUGUUGCUCUAGAGCUGCACUGGAGACCUGCCAUUUCUAUAAGGAGCUGGACGCCAUCCUCGGUGGUGACCCCACCUUCACCAUCAAGAUCCCUGAGGAUACUUGCGGGGUGUGGGGGGGCGGCGGCUGGAGACAGCAGACAGUGGACUCAACCCCAAGGACGAAGUCGUGGACAAGGAGGUUGAGUUGGAGGACGAGAUGGGACAGGCAACAGGGUCAUCUGGUACCGUGGCGAGCCAGGGCCUUUUCUUGACCCAGGCAGGUUUGAGCCAGUUCCAGCAAUCUCUCUGAUGCACAUGAAGCAGGAAAGGGGAGCUCUGAUGUGGCAUUCAGGGGAACCCACUACAUGCCGGCAGAGUGCCUCUGCCAGGAUUCUCCAUUUCUGGGUAAAGAAUGCAGACAAUAAAGUGUGUAGUUGUUGGAGAUGGUGCAGUGGGAAAGACCUGUCUUCUCAUCAGCUACACCACCAAUGCCUUUCCAGAGGAGUACAUACCCACUGUGUUUGACAACUAUAGUGCUCAGAUGACUGUGGAUGGCCGGACAGUUAGUCUAAAUCUCUGGGACACGGCAGGCCAGGAGGAAUAUGACCGUCUACGUACCCUCUCAUACCCUCAAACCAAUGUAUUUGUCAUCUGUUUUUCCAUUGGAAGUCCCUCCUCUUAUGCAAAUGUUCGGCACAAAUGGCACCCUGAAGUCUCUCACCACUGUCCUAAUGUUCCAAUCCUUUUAGUUGGCACCAAAAGGGACUUACGAAGUGAUGUGGAAACCGUUAAAAAGCUGAAGGAGCAAAGCUUGGCUCCCACUACCCCACAACAGGGAACUUCACUGGCCAAACAGAUUGGAGCAGUAAAAUAUUUGGAAUGCUCAGCUCUGAACCAGGAGGGGGUUCGAGAGGUGUUUGCUGAAGCUGUGCGUGCGGUUUUAUACCCAGUGGCAAAGAAAAACACAAAAAAGUGUGUCCUGUUGUAGUUGCCGAAGGCGAUGGAUAUUUGAAGUGAAAUAAAGACUGACGGGGAUCUUGGCGGGCUCCUUUCUUUUUUUAAUUGAAGAUUUGCAUCUUGCACUAACAGGUCUAAACAGAAAUGGUUCAUGCAAAAUAUAUUCUUGCAGUUUGGUAACUGCUUCAGGGAAACUGAGACAAACCAGUUCAUUCCAGCCUAGUGAGCGAGUGAUGAAAUAUCUAUCCAUCUUCUAAAGUUCCAGAGUCUCCAACAUCUCCAGAGUUCAGUUGGCUUCCAUUCUUUUCAAUAGAAGAGGAUGAGGGGACUUCUUCAAAGCCAAACUUUUCCUUUACUAGACAAACUUCAGUUAUUGGCCUUGCUGAAAGCGACAGAUAUUGAUAAUCUUGCUUUAAAUAUAGUUCCUGCAGCUUCUGGCCCUUACUGAUUCAUCAACUUGGUCUACCAGACAAGAGCCUGGCUUUCUAAUUAUUGCCUUAAUUUGACAACAUGAAAUUUGAAAACCAUUUGUCUAAAUUUAAAAAUGCUGAAACCUUCAAUAUUAAUAUGAGACUUACUUUAUAGUGAAGAAUGUGAUUACUUGUAUGAAAAGUUAAUGAAAACCAGUCAUGUCUGGUCCAGUGGUUCAGACAUAAGGAACUCCUGAAAUGGUUUCAUUAAUAUUAAGAUCAGAAGUUGGCACCUCCUGAUAUGUGGAAUUCUAGAUGACAGUAACUCAAAUAAAUGAUUCUGUAGUGGUUUAGGAACAGAGAGGUGAGAUGGUAACAAAAUGCAGGUCUGCCAUAGUUGUCUUAACUGCAUUAGGGUUUCUCUUCCCUCUCUAAAGAGUAUUUUAAAUUUUGAGAAUGGAGUUAUUGUUCUCUCUUCAAACUGCUUGAGGUAAUUGGGAUGACAUUCUCAAAGUGGAUUUCCUAAUAUGACCUGCACAAUUGUACAUGUACAUUCCCCUACCUUUUAGGAGAAUUCCAGAGAGUUGGAAGGAGGCUGUUGCUCUUGAGGAAUUAGUUCUUUCUCCCAACCAUAAUUAACCCCUGCAUCAUUGCAUGAGAGUUCAUGGCAGAUCAUGUCUUGGAAUUGUGUAGGUCCUAUAACAUGAAGCCAGGAACCAUGUUUAACUAAGUUUCCAGUUAAACUGUUUUUAAUGGUUGGCCAGCUAUGGUGGAUACGGUUACCUGGGCUACAGCAUUUUAAAAAUAAUUCUCUCCAUGCUAGCUGGUCACACAUUAUUAUAAAUUACUUUUAGCUGAAGCUCUAUUUAAACACUUCAAUAACUGUUCCUACCCCUUUGUGAAUGGUCACUGGCUUUUAUCUUCAGAAGUCUGUUUACCCACAACACCUAGGAUGAGCAAAAAAGCAGCAGUGUGAAACCUCCAUUAAAGACUUGCCCCUGCAACUUGCAGAUCUGAAAUUGAUGUGCUGUAUAAGAAAUUUUGUAUUAAUAUAAGGAUGCUGGGAUUUGUGGGUUUUGUGUACUGAAAUUAAUAAUCCCAUUCCUUGCGUAGGUGCCACUGACUGUAUUUGGGAGCAGCCUGUGUUAGUGGUUCAGAUCUUAGUUUCUUAAAGUAUCUCACCCAUGCAAAAAUAUGUGUUAUGCCUGCACUAUAUGGAAUGAGCUCUCUUUUCUCAUUGCAGCAAGAUGCUGGUGCGUUGGCAACUGUAGGGCUAUUAGGAUUAAGAGAAAUAUUAAAUUAGCCUUGCCUUAUGUGGUAUUGAAGUAUGAGGUGGAUACAUUCCUAUCUGUCCCCUACUUCCCCUCAAAGAAGAGGAUGUGCCUUUCUCUCUGCCUGAUGUACUGAUAACUUACAGUAACUACAAUUCCAUUAUAACUGAUGGCAUAUAUUACUUUAGCAAAUCCCACUCUAAAAGGCUAAAUUAAAAGCCACAGUUGACCCAAGCCAUCAGUAUGACUAGCUAAUGAAACAAAUGUAGUGUACUGGGAAUGGUUCAGAUAAACACCAAAAUAACAAUAUGCCAUGAUGUUUGCAGAAGCCUGGAGAUGCUUCCUUUUACAUACCACUUUCUUUUUUGUUCUUCACAAAGUGCCAUGAACUAGAACAACUUGGAGAGCUCUUUACUGUCUUCGUAGUACCUCAUUAAAAGACUGAUUUCAACAUCUGAUAUUUCUGUGUAUUUUCUGCCAAGAGGAGCAGGUAUCCUGCUAUUCUGACAGUUCUUACUCCAGGGCCUGAUCUCUGCAGGAAUGAAUUUCAGAAGCGUGCAGAUAUCAUGAACUUUUUUCUUUAUUACAAUAAUUGAUAAUUAACAAAAUCUGUAAAUGGUCACUCUGUAAAUUUGGGCUGUUGCAAAUUUCUAUAAUUCUUAACCUAUUUUAUUGUAACUCUAGUGCAGAGUUUGGGUUCUUUUUUUUUGCCUUGAUUUUGUCCAUUGUCACAUUACAAGUGGAGAUUUGACUUAGCUCCCUGGUUGGAUUUGUCUAAUUCCAAAUAAGAUCAGAACAUUCCAGCAUUGAGAAGAGCAGUCGAAACCAACCUUAUAAAAGUUUUAUAUUUGAGUGGCUGGGAAUGCAAUUGACUUGUGACAAUUCAGUCUCUCCUGUGCUAUUCAGUUUUUAUAUCCUUCUAGCAGACUAAUCAUUUACAUUUUUUGUCUUUGAGAGAUUUCAUUUAUUCCCCCCCCCCCCCACCCCAGACCCAGUUGAUUUGAACAGUUCAGGAGUGCUCUGUCCAAAGGAUGCUCUGAGGCAGUCUUUUUAGAUGUAUACUUUUAGCACUCAAAUGCUCUGUUCAGUACACAAUGGUAGCUAUUUAUAUGGAAUUUCAACCAGAAAGGCCUCAAUGCUCUGCUUUUGAGUGCCAAAUUUGUGACCUGUAGAAUUCUUGGUGCUACUUGGGUAAAUCUGAACGAGCAAAUGGACCUCUCUAAGCAAAGGAGUUCUCUGAGCCAGUUAAAGUGGGAGGGUGAGGAGGACUCAUUUGCAUUAGAGGACCCUAAGAUGAUCUGAUUGAAGUGUGGUACUGAAACAUACACUGGCAACUUGAUUUUUAUACUUAAAAGGAAUUUGUAUUGCAACUAACGAUUUAAAAUGAUUUUUAAAUUAUGCAGAAUUAAAUUGUAAUAAAGCUUUCUUGAUCUCUU